AUGGUCAAGUGUGCUAUACUCGGGAUAGAGCACGUCGCCCCUAAAGCAUCAGGAACGACUCCGGCUGAAAAACGCUCUAUAGAGAGAGAUCAAUACCAGAAUUGCGAACAUCCUGGCCGCCACUCCAUUGGAGGGCACGGUAUAGUAGAAAACCGAUCGACUUAUAUCGGCUGUCUCAGCAGCGGUGCAUGCCAUAACACCGAAGGCCAAACCGUCACUACACGCAAAGCGAUAGUAGACAGACGACUUGACACAGCUCCGUUAAAUAUACACAUAUUAGAGAAAUCACGCCCGCUCCGAGCGACGGGCGGGGCGAAAGGUACCACGCCUGGAAGAGGCUGCCGAGGCUGCAGCGAAACAAUAUCACGAUGCUAUCUAGCAACAAAAGAAAAGGCACUGGAAUAA